CUUCUAAUACCGGCAACAUGAAGUUCUUGGCUGUGACACUGUUGGCUUGGGCAGUGGCAGCCUCCGCUAAAAAUAUUGAUCUUCAAGAUGUAAUUGAUCUUGAAGAUCUGACAGCAUAUGGCUACCUGUCUAAAAUUGGUGCUCCUUUGGCCGAAGAGAUUCGCAUAGCCGAGGAAGAAGCCAUUCGCAACCCAUCCAGAAUAACCGGUGGCUCUGCAGCUAGCCUUGGCCAAAUUCCAUAUCAGGCUGGACUAUUGGUCAACUUCGAUGAUAUGAGAGGUGUGUGCGGUGGCUCUCUGCUCAAUGCACAGAGAGUGCUGACCGCUGCUCAUUGCUGGUUUGAUGGUCUCCACCAAGGAUGGGGUGUGGAAGUAGUCCUCGGAUCAGUUCGUUUGUACUCAGGAGGAUUUAGAUCAUAUACAACCAAUGUUGUGAUGCAUGAAGACUGGAACCCUGAUCGUAUUCGUAAUGACAUCGCAAUUAUUAACCUGCCUUCUGCCGCGCCUCUAUCAAAUAUCAUCGCCCCUAUUGCUCUUCCUACUGGUAAUGAAAUUAACGACGAUUUUGUGGGUGAUAUCGCUACCGCAUCUGGCUUCGGACGCAUUGCUGAUGGUCCCUCUGGCGAAAUAUCAGAGAGCCAGUUCCUGAGCCAUGUCGAUGUACCUGUGAUCUCAAACCGUGCGUGUCGUCUGCGCUUUUUUUAUUUCUUGCAACCUUCGAAUAUUUGCACCAGCGGCUUUGGUGGAAAGAACAUAUGCAGGGGUGAUUCUGGUGGUCCUCUCACUGUAGUCAGGAAUAACAAACGCAUUCUGAUUGGCGUGGCCUCAUUUGGAUCUCCCCGUGGUUGCCAAUAUCGCAUGCCUAGUGCAUUUGUCAGAGUUACUUCUUACAUUGACUGGAUCAACCAACUUUCAAUCAGCAACAUGAAACUCUUGGCAGUGACUCUAUUGGCAUUCGCCGCGGUCGUCUCCGCGAGGAACAUCGACCUCGAGAGUGUUAUCGACCUCGAAGACAUUACCGCCUACAAUUAUCACACCAAAAUUGGUAUUCCUUUGGCUGAAGAGAUUCGUCUAGCCGAGCAGGGAGCACAACGAAACCCAUCCAGAAUUGUCGGCGGUUCUACUUCCAGCCUUGGCCAAUUCCCUUACCAGGCUGGUCUUCUUGUUGAUUUGCCCGCUGGCCAGAGUGUCUGCGGUGGUUCUUUGCUUAACCAAAGAAGGGUACUCACCGCCGCUCAUUGUUGGAACGAUGGUACCAACCAGGCCAGAAGAUUAACAGUUGUCCUCGGCUCAGUGCGCCUGUUCAGUGGUGGCACUAGGCUGACGACUACCAACGUUGUGAUGCACGGCAGCUGGAACGCAAACCUCGUCUGGAACGAUAUUGCCAUGAUCAACUUGCCUUCUAACGUUGGUACAUCCAGUUCCAUUGCUCCAAUCGCGCUGCCCUCUGGUAAUGAGCUCAACAACCAGUUUGCCGGCGCCACCGCUACUGCUUCUGGCUUCGGACUCGCCAGGGAUGGUGGCAGUGUCGACGGUAACUUGAGACACGUCAACUUGCCUGUAAUCACAAACGCUGUUUGCCGUCAAAGCUUUGGUAACCUCCUGGCUUCCAACGUUUGUACCAGCGGCGCCAAUGGCAGAAGUACUUGCCGCGGUGAUUCCGGCGGUCCUCUGGUUGUUAACAGCAACAACAGACGCAUCUUGAUUGGUGUGACCUCCUUCGGAUCUGACCGUGGUUGCCAAGUUGGUGCCCCUGCUGCUUACGCCAGAGUCUCCUCAUUCAUCAGCUGGAUCAACCAACGUCUUUAAAUCCGUUAUGAAAAUGACUAGGAAUGUACCGGACUGUAUUUACCCAUGUUUGAAA